GAAACCCUCCGAGAGGACACCCCGAGCCAACCCCGACCAAAGAGACACACCCUGUGGCUAACAAGGUUUUGAGAGAUGUUGCAAGGUCCUCGGAGAGACGUCGGAAGCCAUGAACAGACGAACAAGUGUCACACAAUCGGCCACUGACAGCCUCCCACAACCCAUAGGACGGAGACGGCUCCGGAUUCGGGUUCGCUCCCGGUUGAAAAUCCCUGCAGAGCCUGCAGAAGCCCUGCAAAUUCCGUCGGUAUGCUCGUCACCAUCUCAGAAAUAGGGUUUCUGCGGGAAGCGAAGCCCGUGGUUCAUCUCCGGGGAACCGGUGCACCGGUUAUCCCCAACGUCGCCGUUACAUCGGUGUGGCUUUUGGCUUUCGGCCUGCUUUUGGCCUGCUUCUGGCCGAACAAGGUUGCUAGCUUUCCACACACAAGGUUUGCCUUACGGGCCGGCCUGCCCACCAUCGCAGACCGUUCGGAGCAUCCCUCGCGAGUCUCGCCUUCAACACGGCACCCUAAAAUAAGACAUCGCCUAGCCAAAAGGGGCAGCGUAGUCUUUUUCAGCCGAGCUUCCCCGGAUCGGCGAGACAUAUGUGUGUUUCAGUGUGGGGACGUCUUCAAAAUGCUUCAUCUUACCGCUCUCUCUGCCAAACGUCCCGAAUGUUCCUUGUCUAAUUAAGGUACAAUACGAGCAUUUUAGCCUUUUUUAUUUUAUUUUUAUUUUUGUUGGUCGGCGAAGAAACAUCUGACUCCUGCUUACUCUGUCGAUCACACCUCUACGCCUCUUCCGCU